AUGGGUACCAGCGCGUCCAAACCGUCCGCCAAUGGCGCGGCCUACGAGUGGAAGGGAUCGGGACCCAUUGGCGCCUCCCAGGAGCUCGUAGGCUCGAUACAAUCGAGCAAGGAGACCGACGCAUCCAGGGCAAAGCUGAUGGAGAUCCACAUCGAAGCGCGAGUCGCCGAAAAGCUCCGAGAACUCCACGAGAACGAAGCCGCCGCCCUAAAGGAGGCGCGAGAGAAGGUCUCCCUCGAGGACCUGCCCGCCGACGAGACGUUGACGAGCCACAAGGUAUCCAAGGAGGUCGAGGCGCUGCGUGCGCGUCUGGAGGGCAGGAAGAAGAUCAAGGAUCUUCCGGAGGGCGUGGAGACGGCCCGGAAUAAUGUUAUACGGUGCUUGAGGGAUAAUGAUAGGAAGCCGCUUAACUGCUGGAAGGAGGUCGAGGCCUUUAAGGACGAGGUGAGGCAGCUUGAGAAGGGUUGGGUGGAGAAGACCGCCUCGUGA